CUCUCUCUCUCUCUUUCUCUUCUCACGUCACUGCUCAGCUAAGCAGUGCGUCAGCGGAGCAGAGAUGACGACCGAGACCUCUCAGCAGAAGCUGGACCCACCGCCUCCCCUGAGGUCCAGCCCAGCCUCCGGUGUCCUGCAACCCGCCAUGAUGAGCCCACAGGCCGCCAUGGACAGUUCCUCGACCGGGGCCAAAGGCAAGAAGGCGAGCUCCGGACUGAGGCGACCAGAGAAGCCUCCCUACUCCUACAUUGCGCUCAUCGUCAUGGCGAUACAGAGCUCACCCACCAAGAGGCUGACGCUAAGUGAGAUAUAUCAGUUUCUCCAGGCCCGGUUCCCCUUCUUCAGAGGAUCCUACCAGGGCUGGAAGAACUCCGUCCGGCACAACCUUUCCCUAAACGAGUGCUUCAUCAAGCUGCCAAAAGGGCUGGGUAGGCCGGGCAAAGGCCACUACUGGACCAUCGACCCGGCCAGCGAGUUCAUGUUCGAAGAGGGCUCGUUCCGCCGCAGACCCAGGGGCUUCCGGAGAAAAUGCCAAGCCCUGAAGCCCAUGUACCGGAUGAUGAACGGGAUAGGCUUCGGUACGACCAUUUUACCGCAGAGCUUUGAAUUUCAGGCGCCCGGGUCUCUGGCGUGUCAUAGCAACAGUUACAACUUGGACAUGAUGACCAACUCCAUGGCAGGUGGCUACGACGGGCUUAGCGGCCACCACGUACCUCACAUGUCCCCGAGCCCCGGGUCCACGUACAUGGCCAGCUGUCCGGUAACGUCCAACGGGGACUACGGUGGACCGGACAGUAGCAGCAGCCCUGUGCCCUCAUCCCCGGCUAUGGCCAGUGCGUUAGACGGUCACGGUCAUUCUCCAUAUGCCAGUACCUCCGGACACUGGGCGUCUCCCGGCGGCUCCCCGUACAUCAAGCAGCAGCCUCUAGCCUCCAGCAGCCCGGCGUCCUCUGGGCUACACUCUGGCAUGUCCCCCUACUCCCUGGAGCAGAGCUACCUCCACCAGAACGCCAGGGACACCGCCGAUAUCUCAGGUAAUAAACGUUGUGUAAGUCAAGUCAUAACACGUUAAUAAAUAGAUGUGAAAUGUCAUACGUAAUAGGGAGUUUAUGCCUACCCAUCUUACCAUUCCAAUUACACUUGGUCAAGCACAACAAGUACUGUUAAAAGUACUGUAAAAAUACUACAUUUGUUGCAUUUGUUAUACACGUGGCAAACUAAAAUAUUUGCAGGUUGACAAUUUACUUGCUCUUUGGUCAGUUGUGCUGUUUUCUGGAGGCUAAAACCACAACUUUACGCAAUGCGUAAUAGCCUAUAAAAUUGCUACAUUUGUAUUUGUGAAAAUUAUAGUUGGCCUAUCUUAUAGACAAUAUGCCAAUAAUCUUAUAGACUGUCUUAUAGACAAUCUCCUACAUGCAGAACCAAAUGUAGUCUAGUUAAAUAUCAUUAUCUUAGGCUACUUACUAAUGUGAUAUGCAGAUUAAUCAAAACUUUGGCAAAUAAAAUAAUUAGACUAAUAUAAAAGUGCGUUGUUGCGGAUUAAAUAUGGAAUGACUUGCAUUUGUAAUGCAUAUAUACAGCUAUGUUGGAGAUGCAUAGGUCUCUUAAUACAUUUUCGAUGUAAUGUUAUUUUCAUAUAAUUUAAUUAAAAUGACUGGUUCACGUGGAUGCAUCUCCUUCACAUUGCAAGUUGUGUUAUGGCAAAAUAGCUUCCCAAUUUUGUGGGUUAAAAUAAUUGUAUUGUAUUUCUGAUUAUUAGUUUGCAACUAUAUUCUGUUGUGGAAUUAAGGAAACAACUUGAAUGACAUAGGCCGAAAUAAUCCUAUUUGAGGGCAUCAAAGACACAAAUCUGCAUGCAUAAUUAUAAGGACAAUUCAGUUGAGGUGGGAAAUAUAAGGGCAACCACAGCUUCUUACAACGGAAAUUAACAAAAUAGUUGAAAACUGUUCUUGAAUAUAUAGGCUAGGCCUUAGGAAAAAAUAAUGUAUGGGGCUGCGUUCUUGUUUACAUAAAUGUUUGGAUAGGAGCUCGAUGCAAUGGGCCAUAAUUGAAAUUGUAGCCCUUUGUGUACAUUUUACACAUCGCUCCUUAGGCCAGUUGACCGCUUUCACAUGUCAUUUGGUUCAUGUUCAUCUUGUUUAACAUGCUUCUAAUUUAUCGAGGCUUUAACAAAAGUCCAAGGGACUUCUGAGAGCGGAAUUAUUCCUUCUAAAGCGUCGGGGGUUAUCUAAACAAAGGCUGUGCGAGUCGGACCACACUGAAGAAGAUAAUUUAAACCAGCGCAUAGACCUAGACCUACCCGCAGGAGACUCCAAGCCUUGUUAAACUUUACGCGACUUCUUAUAACUAUUUAGAGGACAAGCCGUUAUCUGUGCUAGCGGGGUCUUACACUCCUAUUUUUUUUUUUUUUUUUUUUUGUCAUUUUUAGCAGACGCUCUUAUCCAGAGCGACUUACAGGAGCAAUUAGGGUUAAGUGCCUUGCUCAAGGGCACAUCGACAGAUUUUUCACCUAGUUGGCUCGGGGAUUAGAACCAGCGACCUUUCGGUUACUGGCACAACGCUCUUACCCACUAAGCUACCUGCCUCACUAAGCUACCUGCCUAACUCCUCAUGGCGACUGUCAAUCACGGUGGGUGUGUUGUCUCUGAAAAUGGGGCGCGAGGGCUGCAGCGCGAGGCAGGACCCUCAGGAUAGAGGCCUGCAGUCCCGAGGAGAGAAAACACCGCACAUUGCGUGUACAGGCGUCACAUCUGGAGUCCUUAUGACCUUGAUGAGGAUCACGCUCUCUGUCUCUCUCCCCCUUUCCCUCUCCUCACUCUCGUUCUGACCGUGUUGCUGGCCUGACAUAUUCAGACAUAUCUAUGACAAGGACCUAUGUUCUUAUUUUACCGAUUCAAUUAUUUGUCUGAAAAUAAUUUUAAAUUAUAAUUAUGAUGAAUUAGCACGUCUGAUGUUGCUACUGCAGAUUUCGAGGAUAAACAGUGUAAUGUGUCUAUAUGGCCAUCAGGAGAAACGGACAAUCAAGGAGGGAAAACAUAAGCACCCUGACCUAAAUCAUAUUUCAUAAAUCUCUGUGAAGGAUAUGGAGGCCAAUUGGUGUAGAAAAGCACUGAAACAUAACGAGGCUGUUUGGUUAUUAUAUGCCUAUCAAAUCACUCUUAACUUCAGUCUUUAACCAGAUCAUGUUAAGUUAAAGACUAAACAUUUAAGACCAAACAUUCUCUAGGUCAAAUAUCUGUGUACACAUAAUAAAACAGUCACAAAUGAGAGGUGCUCACGCAAAAUAUGUGCACAAACUUAACUAAACAAAACUAAACUAACAUUAGAGACGCUAGUAUUGAGGGCGCAGGGAUUCAGAAGUCAAGUCAUGAUAGUGUUUUCCGUUAGGCUGAUUUUUUAAUUAAAGGAGACUGCUGCUCGAAUGUAUAUUUUGCUCAGCGUGAGCGGAGGCUAUAUGGCUAGGGUCUAUGCAUCUAAUUUGCACACAUCCAAAAUAACAUAUUGUAUACAUUGAAUUAAUUGCAUGGUUCAAUUUUAAUAAUUCUGAAGAGGAAAUAGGCCUAACACAUGCAGUUUCUUUGGAUUAAAGGUUUUAGUUCUCCUGAAAUUGAAAUUCUGAGGGGACAUUGUCAUUAUUUUACUUAUUCUCAAAAGGCCAGCAAAUCCCUGCCUCUUCAGCAAUUAAUAACGUAUCACAGGUCAACAUAACAUAAUUUAACAUAGACUAAUAACAGAACAAAUUAACAAUGUCCCCUCCGUCAUUGAUUAGGUUUAAUCUAUAGAUUCAUUGAGAGUAAUUUCUGAUUUCUGCGCGUGGUGUUAUGGGACUAUGUCUCCGCAUUGUUUACUGGCCAAAUUAUUGGAAGAUGUGUCAAUUUCAAACCUUAAAAUAUAUAGAAAAUAUAUAGGCUACACAAUACACUGAAUACUAUAACAUAUUUUUACACAAAGUCAAUGUAAUGCAUAAACGUCAGAGUUAUAGGAUUAUUAUCCUAUAUUCUAAAAGAAAACUUAGACAUAACAGUUUUUUUUUGUUUAAAAGUCAAGCGUUUACAAUCAUUUAAAUUAUUUCUGAUUAAUUGACCAGUUUUUUCAUAUUUAUGAUUGCACGCUCCUCUGUGCCACACACGAGUAUGUAAAAAUAAAUAACUACACGUAUAGAAAGCUAAAGUUAGAAGGAGGAGGGGAGAAGAACUAUGUGUAUUGUUCAUAUAUUUUGGAGAGCACCAAUCUCUCUCUCUCUCUCUCUUCUCAGUCAUAGUCGAGAGAUGUCUCAUAUAUUGCUCUAGUACUCAUAGCUAUAUACUUCCGAGAGUAUCUAUCCUCUAUUCUCUCUUUUCUCUCACUCUCCUUCUCUCUCUCUCUCUCUCUCUCUCAGCAGGGAUCCCUCGCUACCAGAGCCACUCCUCACCCGUUGUCGACAGGAAGGAUUUUGUCCUGAAUUUUAACGGCAUCUCCUCGUUCCAUCCAUCAGCCAGUGGAUCUUACUAUCAUCAUCAUCACCAUCACCACCAUCACCAAAGCCUUUGUCAAGACGUAAAACCGUGCGUGAUGUGAGCGGGACAUCGAGUGCGUGUAAAGGCCCAAACUGUGCUCUGGAUAUGAGAAUGUGAUCAACACAAAAUCGAACAAUUUAAACUGAUUCUAUACGUGUCUGGCGACAGUUAAAACGCAAGUAAAUGCUCUGUCAUCUUACUGAUGAGAACGAACAAUGGGGACAGUAGCCUAUUUUUGAGAGUCUGGAAAAAUGUCUCACAUCAGGAUAUAUUUUCAGUGGCCUUCGUCAUCUUGAUAGGUCUAAAAGAAGGACAGUAUAUUAUGCACUAACUGUUUCUGAAAUGAAGGACCCACUGGGCACAGAUGUCAGUUCAACCUCUAAUUUUUAUUUAAAUUUGAUUGAGUUGUCAGCUAUUGUGAAUUCAACGUGAAAUCAAAAAAAAAAAUCACCAUGUCAUUGGAUUUCGGUUAAAAGUUAGGUGAAAAAAAAUACAAACCCACUGGUCACAGAUGUCAAUUCAACGUCUAUUCCAUGUUGGUUCAACUUAAUUUAAUUGAAGUGAUGUGGAAACAACGUUGAUUCAACCAGUGUGUGCUCAGUGGGAAUGCCCUUAUGUUGAUGACUUUUUGCAAAUCCAAUGUAUUUUCCACGUUCAUUCAACGUCAUCACACUUUUUUUUUUUUGGGGGGGGGGGGGGGGGUUGAAAUAAUGUGGAAACAACGUUGAUUCAACCCGUUUUUGCCCAGUGGGGGGGGGGAGCUCCAAAGCUUAUGACAAUGAAACCACUUUGCCUUAUUCUGUUCUCUAUUGACCAACGUUUUCUUCUUCAAAAUAAGUUUGAAAACGAUUUUAAUUAUGUGUUUGCUGUCAUUACUUGUGCAAACAAAUAGUCUAUAUUUUAUGUAACUAGGCCUCUGUUCUGAUUUAUAAAAGUACAUGCACAUACACAAAGCUUUUUAUAACAAAAAUUGCAACAGAUUUGCACUUAUUGUAUACCUUUUUGAGAUUUGCUUAAUUUUCUCGUUGUAAAGUGUUUCAAUAAAGCUGAUAUAUUUUCGGCUACACCUGCCUGCUUGUCUCAUAAAUAUAGUAGGCUAAUUAUAGGCUAAUCAUUGGUAUUUACUAUUAUUAUAGGCCUAUUAUCUUUGUUGAUAAUUUGUGGAGAUUUGUGAUUCAUAUUAGAUUUGAGUCGGUGUAAAUUUGAUUAUUUGGCAUUCACAGGCAUACUUUUAAUAACCAAAUUCAACGUCUUUGUUUUGUAUGAUGACACUUUGUAACCUAAAAACCGUGCUUAAGAAGGUAAAGCAAAAGCGUGGAUUCUGGGUAAGUUUUAAAACAAUCCCAUUUAAUAACUGGACAUACAUGUUGUGGGAAACGAAUGACUCUUUUGAAGAAGAACAUUAUAUACCUUGAGCCACGGGGAUAAAUAUCUAAGGAUUUUAUCUUAUGACGUAGUAACAAUGGGGCUACACAACUCGCUGCAUGUCUUUAUCGCAGACAGUGAGCUGCAAUAUCAAUAUUUACCCAUAGACUUCGUGAGAGAAAAGGCAGCUGGUGUUUAAUACAAUCUAAUUUACUUUUUCUGAAUACUUGAUGAGUGUCUAAGUACAGUAGGCCUAGUUAAUUUCUAUUUAAGUAGGCCUAAAACAUUUUAGAUGAUUUACCAACUCGGCUGAUGAUGUUGGACACUUGGGUAUUUCCAUGUUUUGUGUUGUCUCAUUGCGCCAUCUACAGCCUGAGCCAGCCUGCCUGGUUCCACAGCGGAAAGUCUUCCGCGUCACCAGACCUCUACCCCCCUGCCUCAUAG